AUGCAGAUUAUACAAGAGAAGUUUUGGAUAGUUUUGCGGCUUCAGUUUUAUGUGAUCUACCUGCUUCUCCAACACUCCUACCAGAAAAUCAAAGACGUUUUCGGAGUGGCGGCUGGUAUUGCUGACAUCCCAGAUGGACAUGUUAGAAUGUUUAGCUAUUAUCUGGCGCUGCGCGAUAUAGGGAACUACAAAUUUGACCACGAAAAGCAAUGCUUCAUCAUUAACAACCGCAAAGCCAGUGGAGGUGUGAUCAACAGGAGAACACCAUCAGAAGACAUACCAGGCGACGAAAACAUGCCGCCAGAGGAAGAUUGA